CAGUUAUAAUCCAAAGAACAGGAAUCUCAUUGUCUCUCUACCCAUGAAAGCCAUGAAAAAUACAUAAACUUCUGUGCUUUUCCUUCCCAGUUGAGCCAGCCAGUAUUAAUAAUGAAUCUUACCUCUAAUUCUAAUUGCAGUGUUUAUGACAAACUAGAUAAAAGUUUGUUUCCAUGUCUCUACAGUAUUCUGAUGAUUAUCAGCAUUCCUGCUAAUCUACUAUCACUUUACAUUUCCUGCUGUCAAAUCCAGAAAAAAAGUGAGCUGGGCAUCUAUCUCUUCUGUUUAUCGUUAGCUGACCUAUUAUAUACUAUGACACUACCAUUAUGGAUUUAUUAUGCUCAGAAUGGGGAUGACUGGAAAUUCUCCCUACAGCUUUGCAAAUUAUCUGCUUUUCUCCGAUAUGUAAAUUAUUACACCAGCUCAGGAUUUCUUACCUGCAUCUCCAUGGAUAGGUACUUAGCCAUAGUUCAUCCUUUGAGGUUCCAUUCUUUGCGAACAAGAAGAUUUGCCCUGCUGAUGUCCUUUUUAGUUUGGGUUUUUGAAAUAAUGUCAAACGUUCAGAUUUUAUAUAGCACUACAUUCUACUACAAAGUUGUAGAUGAAAGCAAUCAUACUUUAUGCUAUGACACAUAUCCUCUAAAACAAUGGCAAGCUUACUUCAACUAUUACCGCAUCUGUGUGGGGUAUGCAUUCCCAUUAGCUGUCAUGAUCUUCUGCUACGUCAAAAUAUAUCAGGCUGUGAAGCACAAUCAAGCAACUCAAGACUGUGACAAGAAGAAAAUCAAUCAUUUGUUACUAAGCAUCAUCAUAACCUUUUUUCUUUGCUUUACUCCAUAUCACAUUGUCCUGCUUCUGCGCAGUAUCUUGGAGCCGCUUGACUGCUAUUAUACUGUGCAUCUGUUUGUACCUUAUAGAAUUACAACAGCCUUGACAAGCUUAAAUUGUAUAGCCGACCCAAUUCUUUACUGUUUUGUGAAUGAAACUGGAAGAGCAGAUAUCUGGAACAUAUUCAAAUGUGGUUUUUUUGUCAGCCAGACAGAAGCACAGCAAUCCAGUGUUUCACAAAACAGAACAAUAUAGGUUUCAGAAUCUGCAGCAUUCAUAUAAUCUAAGAGUAGGUAGCUUGCAUCUUCCAAGUAUUGCUGAACUACACUGGGAGAUAUAAUUCAUCAACAUAUGGAGUGUUGAGGGGUUUCUGUCUUCAAUAUAUCUUUAAUGCUGCAUUCUGGCAAAAUAAAAUGCAAGGAAAGUUUUAUUUGUUCUGACAUCAACCAAGAGCCAGAUCCAUCUUCAAAUCACAAACAGGAGCUACUUAUGAGGAUUUGCAGCACACCUUUAAAUUAUUAAAUUCUCCUGCAUUUUUUUCUGUUUCUCUCUCAGGAAGACGGAAUCUGAAUCAGAAGAAAGCCCCGUUCUAUCACUCUUUGCUCAUUAAAAACCGUUGCAUAAAUUGUAAACUGAAACUAUGUUUGGGAUGGACUUAUGGUUUGUGUUUUCUAUGCUAUGAAACUGAAGUAUUUGGCUCUUAGAAAUGUUUAUAUCUUGUGCUAUA